AAAAUGUCAUUUGCGGUGAUAUGAAAUAAAAAAUCUAUAACACUACAAAUUUGAGUAAAAUUUCAAUAGAUUCCAUAGGAAUAGGACUGUUUUAGUUUUAUUUAUAUACUUUUACAAAUCGAAAAUGACGCAACUUGUGGCAAAAGAUUUUCCGGCGAUGAAAAAUGAUAAUUUGCUAAAAGCAGCUCGCGGUGAAGAUGUUGAUCGAAUUCCAGUGUGGGUCAUGCGUCAAGCGGGUCGAUAUUUGCCAGAAUUUCAAGAAGAACGUAAAGUGCACGAUUUUUUUACCAUUUGUCGAACACCGGAGCUGGCGUGCGAAGUGACAAUGCAACCAUUACGUCGCUUUGAUCUGGACGCUUCCAUUAUUUUUUCCGACAUUCUUGUGAUUCCACAGGCAUUGGGAAUGACUGUUGAAAUGCUGCCAGGAAAGGGUCCACACUUUCCCGAACCAUUAGUAACGCCAUCAGACUGUUUAAAAUUGAAUGCAACUGGAGCUGUAGAUCGAUUAAAGUAUGUGGGCGAUGCAAUCACAAUGAUGCGACACAAAUUGGAUGGGAAAGUACCAUUAAUCGGUUUCACGGGUGCACCGUGGACGUUGAUGGGUUACAUGAUCGAAGGUGGCGGUAGCAAAACAAUGUCAUUGACCAAGGGAUGGCUCACCGAACAUAAUAAAGAAGCCCAUGAGCUACUUUCACUUCUUACGGAUACCAUCGUCGAGUAUUUUGAGAUGCAAGUCAAGGCCGGCGCACAAAUGCUCCAAGUAUUUGAAUCGAGCGCUGAUUACAUUGAUAAGAAGCAAUUUGCCGAAGUAUCAUUGCCAUAUGUUCGUAAAAUUCGUGAGCAGCUUCGAAAGAAAUUACAAGACCAGUCAAUUGAGCCAGUUCCAAUGGUUUUAUUUGCAAAAGGUGGCGGACAUUCAUUGUCUGAACAAGCCGAGUGUGGAUAUGAAAUAAUUGGAUUAGAUUAUAACGUUGAUCCAAUUGAAGCUAGAAAAGCAGUCGGACCAAAUGUUACACUCCAGGGCAACUUAAAUCCAGAGGACAUGUACCUACCACAGGAUGAAAUUAGGGCAAAAACUGAUGAAAUGGUGCGUAAAUUUGGUAAAAAACGAUACAUUGCAAAUUUGGGACAUGGAAUUACACCACAAACACCAAUUGAGAGCAUGCACACUUUUGUUGAUACAAUUCAUAAAGUUUCUCAGGAAUUGUGAUGAGCGAUAUUGCGAAAAUAUUGUUGAUUUUUUUUAAUUAGAAGCGGUUAUUGGGAUUAUAUAGAACAAAAUACAGAAAAAUAUUUUACUUUUAUUGAAA